ACUCGUGUGGGCGGAUAAAGUCGCGGCGAAACGAAAGGCUCCCGUUCCUGACUCUCCGGGCCCACUAGUCCACGUCGGAUCGCCACCACCUGGUACUGGCACAUGGGACCCAUGCAGAAUCCAACUCGACGCAUUUUCUCGCUUCCAGGUCAACGCUUUCAGUGUCGCGUUGACCACAACCAGAUCUCGCCGCCGCGUCCAUGACGUCGCAUCGCCGCCUCCGCCUCCUUUUGCUCGCGACGCUCGCCGCCGUCGCCGUCGCCGGUGGAGAAGAAGAAGAAGCGUUCUGCGACGCGGCGGCCGUGCUACGGACGGACCGGCUCACGGUGCUCCUGAUCGGUUACUCGGAGCGGCGGCUCCCGCUGCUCCGCGCCAUCGCGGGAGCGUACGCCGCCCAGCCGCUCGUCCUCGCCGUGGUCGUGCUCUGGUCCAACCCCUCCACGCCGGAGAGCCUCCUCUCGGGCUUCCCGCCGGCCGUCACCCUCCACCGCACCGCCUCGUCCUCCCUCAACUCGCGGUUCCUCCCGCACCCGUCCAUCCGCACCGCCGCCGUGGCCGUGGCCGACGACGACGUGCUCCCCGACGCCGCCGCCCUCUCCUUCGCGUUCGCCACAUGGCAGCGCUCCCGCCGGGGCACCCUCGUCGGGUUCUUCCCGAGAUCCCACCACCUCGACCUGGCCCGCGGGAGGUGGGCGUACGCCGCGGCGCAGCCGGGGCGCUACUCCAUGGUGCUCACCAAGCUCCUCGUCCUCGGCGUGGACCUCCUCCGGAUUUACACCUGCUCGCCGGAGCUCGCCGCGGCGCGCGCCGUGGUGGACAGGGAGCGCAACUGCGAGGACAUCCUGAUGAACUUCGUCGCCGCCGAGGAGUCCGGCGAGGGGCCCGUGCUCGUGGACGCCGGAAGCAUCAGAGACUGGGGCGACCCGAGGAACGACGGCGCCGGUGGCGAGGCGAUGAAGGCCGUCGGGCUGAGCUCGACAGGUGGCACGGGGCACUGGGAGAAGAGAGGGGAGUGCAUCACGGAGUUCCACCGGCUGCUUGGAAGGAUGCCGCUCCGGUACAGCUACGGGAAGGUGGUGGCGGCGGUGGCCGGCGGCGAGCAGGGGCUGUGCAUCAAAGGCGGCCGCCUCGUCCGGUGCGAUCAGGAGUAGCGUGACAUGUUGAGUUCUUCUGUGAUGAUCACUGUAAAAUCUGAAAACCGAGCCAUAUGUUCAGACUUCAGACAUUGGUAAAAUGAUGUCAAACCGAAAAUACAUGUAAAAUAAUAUUGCCGUCGUCAUUCUCCAUAUCAAUAAAUUAGCUAUC